CUCUGGACUCUUCAUCAGCGUACAACCCAUGGUCAAGCUCACUGUGACUGCCGUAGCGAAGGCAGCUAUCGUACAAUAUUGCUCUGGGAAGCGGUCCGACCGUGCAGAAUUCGACGAUGAUGAAGCUACGCGUCUUAACAAGCUGUCGGACACAGAGAUAGGCAGUCCUAUCGAACAUUACGAGCUCAUCCUAAUCUCCAAAUACCUCCUUAACAAGUAUAGGAACAGCGAUGCCGAAGGUGGUGAUACGCGACGGUGGCGACUGGACGCCUUGCUUAAAGGAGCCUUGGUAUACGAACCGCCUCCCCCACCAAAGCCUGAGCCUAGCCCUGAGUACAAAGCUCUUAUGCAACGGCUAAGGCAGCAAGAGGAACAACGCCAGUACGAACGUAUGCUCAACGCUCAACCUCCGCUUGAGACUUUCAGCCAGCGCUUCCCGGCCGCAGUCACCGCGCCAGCAUUCAAUCCCGCAUAUUCGUAUGGCUCUGCGGGAACAUCGGAGGAGGACGAAGUCACAUACGCCGAUGUGAACCGGCAGAUGAUCCUUAUCAUUAACGUACUGGUCUCUAUCGUCACUUGCAGCAUCUUCGUCUGGAUCGCUGCUCGACGCUGGAGUGUACCACAACGUCUUGGCCUCUCCAUGUCGAGCAGCGGCAUUGUUGCGGUUGCUGAAGUCGCGAUCUAUCUGGGCUACAUCAAGCGAGUCAAGGACGCCAAGCAAAGGGAGCUCAAGAGAGCCGAGAAGAAGGAGAUCGUGGAGACUUGGAUCAUUGAAAAGUCUCCAACGAGCGUGAACAGUGAUUCUGUCCGACAUCGGAAAGGGAAGCAUCGCUGAGCCCAGCGGUGCGUGUUUAACUUACUCCGGUGACCACUUACCUGAUUCUCACACGCGGACUACGCAAUUCACCCAAAAGCGAAUAUGUGGACGACCAUACUCGUUCUUUCAAUCCAUCCAUAGCCGAUUGAUUCUUGGGUAGUCAUCUGAGAAGCACUCAGGCCGUGCAUAGCUCCGGG